CCGAAAGCAGCUCCGGUAAACAGGUAAGGAAAACUGUGACAUGUCGCCCUCAUAGUCCGAGAGAAGACCCCCCAGAUCAGCGCUCUGGACUCAACACGGCUGACUUCAACAUCCUGCUUACAAGAUCCAGAACUCUCCGCAUUGAGCAAUAAAAGAGAAACCAGCAGUGCGUCUAUGAAGAGUGACCGCUCCAUGGGGGACCCUCCUGUAUUCAGCAGUGGAGGAGGAGAACCCAGCUCUGUGUCUAUUAGGAGUGACUGGUCCAUGGGGAACCCUCCUGUAUUCAGCAGAGCAGGAGGAGAACCCAGCUGUCUGUCUGUGAAGAGUGAUUGGUCCAUGGGGAACCCUCCUGUAUUCAGCAGUGCAGAAGGAGAACCCAGCUGUGUGUCUGUGAAGAGUGACUGGUCCAUGGGAAACCCUCCUGUAUUCAGCAGUGCAGGAGGAGAACGCAGCUGUGUGUCUAUGAAGAGUGACCGGUCCAUGGGGAACCCUCCUGUAUUCAGCAGUGGAGGAGGAGAACCCAGCUGUGUGUCUGUGAAGAGUGACUGGUCCAUGGGGAACUCUCCUGUAUUCAGCAGUGGAGGAGGAGAACCCAACUAUGUGUCCAAGAAACAGCCUCCUGGUUUCAGCAGUGAACCUUUGUCCUCUGACCCAGAGCAGAACUCCACAGAAACAGCACUACAGAUAAACACUCUGGUUGAAGAAACUGAAAACCUGCAUCUGGAUUCUUAUCAUGUAGUAAAUGAUGUGCUGAACAGAGUCUUAGAGGCACACAAAACCAGCAUGAAGAACAAGUAUGAGAGCUUAUUUGAGGGAAUCAAAACUGAAGAGAAUAAAACCCUCCUGAACAGGAUUUACACACAGCUGUACAUCAUAGAGGGGGAGAGUGAAGGAGUGAAUGAAGAACAUGAGGUUCUACAGAUGGACAAAACAUCCAGGAAACACUUACAAGACAUUCCAAUCAACUGCUUAGAUAUCUUUGAAGAAGAAACAGAAAAGCAGAAUAUUAGAGCUGUGAGAGCUAAACGUAUCAGGCAAAAUGGAAGAAAAGAGGAUGAAGAACCAAAACAGCAAAAGAUCAAAACUGUUCUGACUAAAGGAAUCGCUGGCAUUGGAAAAACUGUCUCAGUGCAGAAGUUCGUUCUGGACUGGGCUGAAGGAAAAGCCAAUCAGGAUGUAGAUUUCAUGAUUGUGCUUCCGUUCCGGGAGCUGAAUCUGAUUAAAGAUGAUCAAUACAGUCUUCAUGGACUUCUGUGUGGUUUCCAUCCUGAGCUCAAAGAUCUGAACCCAGAGAUUUAUGAUCAGAUCAAAGCUGUGUUUAUAUUUGAUGGUCUGGAUGAAAGCAGAAUUCCACUGAACUUUGAACAGUGUGAGAAAGUAUCUGACAUCACCAUGACAUCAUCAGUGGGUGUGUUGAUGACAAACCUCAUCAAAGGAGAGCUGCUUCCCUCUGCUCUGAUCUGGAUCACCUCCCGACCAGCAGCAGCCAAUCAGAUCCCUCCUAAAUACAUCAACCGUGUGACAGAGAUUCAGGGAUUCAGUGACCCACAGAAGGAGGAGUACUUCAGGAAGAGGAUCAGUGAUGAAGACCAAGCCCAGAGAAUCAUCUCCCACAUUAAGACAGUGAGGAGCCUCCACAUCAUGUGCCACAUUCCAGUCUUCUGCUGGAUCUCAGCCACUGUUCUUCAGAGAAUCAUGAAACAGCCUCAUACAGAAAUCCCUAAAACUCUGACUGAAAUGUACUCACACUUCCUGAUCACUCAGACAAACAUGAAGAAUGAGAAGUAUGAGGAGAAAGAGAAGAGAGACCAAAAGAAACUUCUGGAGUCCAACAGAAUCAUGAUUCUGAAAUUGGCUGAACUGGCUUUCAAACAGCUGAUGAAGGGCAAUGUGAUGUUCCAUGAAGAGGACCUGAGAGAGUGCGGCAUUGAGGUGACUGAAGCCUCAGUGCAUUCUGGGAUUUUCACUGAGAUCUUUAGGGAGGAAUGUGUGCUUUUCCAGAAGAAGGUCUACAGCUUUGUUCAUCUGAGCUUUCAGGAGUUCCUGGCUGCUGUCUUUGUAUUUCACUGCUGCGAGAGCAAAAUCAUGGAGCCACUGCAGUGUUUUAAACCAAGGUACAGAGGGCGGUCUGAGAAUUUUUCAUUGGAUGAGCUGCUGGAAGGAUCACUGCAUAAAGCCUUAGAGAGUCAGAAUGGACACCUGGACCUUUUCCUCCGUUUCCUGCUGGGAAUUUCGCUGGAGUCCAAUCAGAGACUCCUACAGGGUCUACUGAUACACACACAGAGACAACCAGAGACAAUUAAAGAGUACAUCAAGGAAGUAAUAAAAAAAAAUACAGAUGAACAAGAUCACAUCUCAACUGAGAGAUCCAUUAAUCUGUUCUUCUGUCUGUCUGAAAUGAAUGACCAGACUCUCUUCAGAGAAAUUGAGGAGUAUCUAAAAUCAGAGAAACACUCAGAAGAUCUUUCUCCUCCACAGUGUUCAGCACUAGCCUAUAUGAUCCUGAACACUGAAGAGGUGAUGGAUGAGUUGUACCUUAGAAAAUACACAACAUCAGAGGAGGGUUAUAGGAGACUGAUCCCAGCUGUGACUCUCUGCAGAAAAGCUCUACUUGCUGGUUGUAAUCUCAACACGGAUUCCUUAGAAACUAUCUGUUCUGCUCUACAAUCAGCAAACUGCCCCCUCAAAGAUCUGAACCUCAGUAGCAAUGACCUGCAGGAUUCAGGAGUGGAGCUGCUCUCUGCUGGACUGAAGAGUUCACACUGCAAACUAGAGAAACUCAGACUGGCUUCCUGUAAUCUUAAUAGCAAAGCUUGUGACAUUCUCAGUUCUAUUCUGCAAUCAGCAAACGUCUCUUUGACAGAGCUGGACCUCAGUAACAAUGACCUCCAGGAUUCAGGAGUGGAGCUGCUCUCAGCAGGACUGAAGAUUUCACCCUGUACACUGGAAAUACUCAGACUGGCAUCCUGUAAUCUUAAUGGCAGAGCUUGUGAAACUCUUAGCUCUAUUCUACAUUUAGCAAACUACUCUCUGAAGGAGCUGGACCUCAGUAGCAAUGACCUCAAGGAUUCAGGAGUGGAGCUGCUCUCAGCAGGACUGAAGAUUUCACACUGUACACUGGAAAUACUCAGAUUGUCUGGUUGUAUGGUUACAGAUGAAGGCUGUUCUUCCUUGGCAUCGGCUCUGAAAUCGAACCCCUCCCACUUGAGAGAACUGGAUUUGAGCUAUAAUCACCCAGGAGAGUCUGGAGUGAAGCUGCUCUCUGAUCUACUGGAGGAUCCUCACUGCACACUGGAGAAACUACAGGUGGAUCAUGGAGGGAAGAUCAGGAUGAAACCAGGAGUGAAGAAAUAUGCUGUUGAUCUCACUCUGGAUCCAAACACAGUGAACAGCCGUCUCUCUCUGUCUGAGGGGAACAGAAAGGUGGAGCGUUUGGGAGAAGAUCAGUCAUAUUCAGAUCAUUCAGACAGUCUUGAUGAGUGUGAUGAGGUUCUGAGUGUGGAGAGACUGACUGGACGCUGUUACUGGGAGGUUCAGUGGAGCAGAGAGGCUGAUAUAUCAGUGUCAUACAGAGGAAUCAGGAGGAAAGAAGGCAGUGAUGAAUGUGAGUUUAGACACAAUAAUCAGUCCUGGAGUCUGUGGUGCUCUGAUGGAAUUGGAUACUCUGUCUUUUAUAAUAAUGUGGUAACUUUCCUACCUGCCCCCGCCUCCCUCUCUAACAGAGUAGGAGUGUAUCUGGACUGGGGGUCCGGCACUCUGUCUUUCUACACCAUCUCCCCUGACACACACACACUGACCCACCUACACACACUCUACACCACAUUCACUGAACCGCUCUACGCUGGAUUUUGUGUUGAUUUUGACUAUAUUUAUGACUCCUCAGUGCGUCUAUGUGAGAUAGAAUAACCUCUAAAGUGUGUGUGUGUGUGUGUGUGUGUGUGUGUGUGUACUGUGAGUUAAGGCAGGUUUACACUGCAUCAUUUCUGUCACGAUAAUGGCACUGCAGAAAAGAAAGAGAGAGACAGAUGCAGGGCCUGUCUCUGUGUGUCUCAUCUGUCCACUGCUCUGUUAAGCCCUCCUCCCAGUGUCUGCUACGUGCACUCUACUCCUCGUCCAGCGCAGGAACUCCAGUCCGUAAACUCUUAACACUCUCUGAAAAAUCGCUUUCAAAACCCAUUUUUGUAGAAGUCUGUUACAGAAGACAUGAGCCUGUUUCCCUCAAGAUCACUUUGGAGAACAGACAUUCUAUGGUGUCCUUUAAAUCAGCCUUGAACAGCUCCAAACUCUCCUUCUGCACUGUGUAAUGCAUGUUUUUCAGAUUAAAAAACUGAUCCUCAGUACUAAAAGGAAGGAUGAUAUAUGAGAUGCUUGGCUCUUUUGUUUUGCACACCAAACCAGAGGCCAUAUUACAGAAACAUUUUAACUCUAAAAUUUGAUCUUUUUAGUCUCCAUGACGAUUUCAGUACGGACUGAAUUUAGAACAGUAGCUAUUA